UGCAGAAUAUGCCGACUUUCUGCAGUGUUAGCACAAACGGAGUGCCUUCACCACAUCUCCUAAAAGCCUUUGUGGUUUAGACGAACUAUGACUGCUUUCCGUAUGGUAUGGUCAAUGCUGUUGGCUUCUUUGCUGAUGCUGCUCGUGGCGUCGUCCACUGCGCCCGCUGACGCCUUAUCCCCUCCUGCGGCAGGCCUCGGAGCGGACCACAGCUUCACCAAACGCUCGCUCUUCGACCCUUCCUGUACCGGCGUCUUCGACCGGCAGCUCUUGCGAAGGCUGAGCCGAGUGUGUGAUGACUGUUUUAACGUAUUUAGGGAACCCAACGUAGCUACAGAAUGCAGGAGUAAUUGUUACAACAACGAAGUGUUCCGCCAGUGUAUGGAAUACCUUCUCCCGGCUCACCUUCACGAAGAGCAUAGACUAGCUGUCCAGAUGGUCGGGAAAUAGAUUCAGGAAUGACUCUGCAACCCCUUCGCUGACGACUGGAAUCCGAUGAUGGUAAAAGGCACCUAUAGAUUCUACUUCGUUCAUAUUCUACUUACUCUACAGCAUGGCACUGAGUCCUCUGUCGCUGUAACGAAUGGUUUCCAAUGCAAAAGACAGAUACGAUGAAAUGAAGUUGAGAUAUGAUAAUGAAAGGGUGCAGAUUGUCAUUACAUUGAGAUUAUCGUGUCACAUUUAGUUCAGGCACUGAUAACAGUAGAGAAAAGGUACACACACAUGAAUGCCAUUUAUCAGGAAGCUGGAGAAAGAAGUUGUUAAGACUCGAGGCUUUAAUUAACAUUAGAAUAUAUAUUUGUGAUGUUCUAUUAUGUUUAAAUAUACGAAUAAAGUACUGACAUGCAAA